CUUUCGUAGAGGACGAGGAGAUGGCGAUAAAGUGAGUUACUGCAUAUUUGAUUAUUGGGCCUUUACCAUUUUCAGCAGGCAACAGCUUACAGCAGCCAUGUGGAAAAUACCGAGGAGGUUUUCACUCACUGGUAGAUUGUGUUGCUUUCCCAAGGAUCCACUGGAUGAUGUUGAGACUUGGAGUGAGUCUGUGGACAAAGUCCUCAGUUGUAAAGCUGGCCAGAUAGCUUUCCGAGAGUUCCUGAAGUCCGAAUACAGUGAGGAGAACAUUCUGUUUUGGCUCGCCUGCGAGGAGUAUAAAAAAAUCAAGACGGUGCCAGAGAUGAUCUCCUCUGCCAACAGGAUCUAUUCAGAGUUUGUCCAAACAGAAGCGCCCAGACAGAUCAACAUAGAUUGCAGUACCCGAGAAAACAUAACAAAGAACAUCUCCCAGCCCUCCCUGACUUCAUUUGAUACGGCACAGAAGCUCAUCUACAGUCUGAUGGCCAGGGAUUGCUACCCGCGCUUCCUCAAAUCUGACAUCUAUCAGGGACUCCUGAGGAGAACCGAUUCAAGGUGACUGUUUUAAAACUGACAGCCUUUCAGAUGGAGGCUCCCGAAAUCUCCCCUCCAGCUCUGAUCUGCUGUAGCACUCUUUGAUUUCAGUGUGGAUAACAGGUUUACGCCAUACAAUCCAGAUCCCAAGUGUAGCAGAAAUAGCUUCUUCCUCAGCCUGUGUGAUUCAGUAGACAGUUGCAGCUCAAGAGAAUUUGCGGCUUGUAUUAUACUUUAUCUCUUUAAUUAUGUAAAGGUAAAAAAGAGAAGUCUUUAAAGAGAUUGUGCACAUAAUUCUGCUUUAAUUAUCUAUUUUCUCUCCUCCGCUCCAUGAGGUUAAUAAUAAAGAGUUCUUUUAUUGUGAAGUAUUAUCAACGCUUUAAUUGAUUAUGCAAAUAUAAAUCUUAAUAUCCUCUAAGAAUUCAACUUUCACAUGCAA